AUGGCUUCUAGAACAUCUUGUGCUCACCUCAACUGUGAGAAGGGAGUUGGUGUGUUAACAUGUAGUGGAUGUGAUAAAACAUUUUGUCGAAAACAUUCGAACGAACAUCAUCAAGCACUCGCCAAUGAAUUGAGUGAAAUUGUUAUUGUUCACGAUGACAUUUACAAGCAGUUGAGUCAGGAUUCGAAGACACGUCACCCGAUUUUACAACAAAUUGAUGAGUGGGAAAAUGAAUCUUUUAGAAAAAUCAGAGAAGCUGCAGAUGAUGCAAGAAAAAAAGUUCAAAAUGUUAUUGCUGAGCAUCGCCAAACAAUAGCUGACCGGUUCCAAUUGAUUGCGGAUGAAUUGCAUACGAGACGAGAAACUGAGGAUUAUUUGGAACCUGAUUUGGUCAAAUGGAGAGAAGAACUCGACAAACUAAAAAGUGAGAUUAACUCUUCUGUUAACCUCGACCAUAUAUUGCUAUUAACAGACACGCUCCACAUUGAUCCAAAUCCACUUGUAGAGCCAAAUUUCAAGCGAAACGUCGUUCAGGAAACAUUUGGCAGAACUGUUGGAUCUGUAACGCUUUCAGAUGAUAAUCGGGUGGCUGUUUCUUCUGGUAAAUUCAACGUGUGCGGUAGUGCAAGUGUUUACGGAACUAACUUCUAUUCUGAAGGCAUUCAUCGCAUUUCAUUCUGUCUCGAUAAACUAAAUUGGAUAUUUAUCGGCAUUACGUCAACACCGUCUACACCAAAAGCCGACUCUCGUAAAUCUCCAUCCGGUUAUGGAUUAGUAUUAUUCACGAAGCUCAUAAUCAUUUAG